CAUAACUCAAUUCAAGCUUCUCCAGAAACAGAAAGCAAUCUUCUCAGUUCUUUCCUCCAUAGAUCCGAUCCCUUCUCACUUCCCUCACCUAAUGGCUUCCUCCAAAUCCUCAGGAACCACUGGUCAAGUUCUCGUCAAUUUUGAGCCGAUCCCGGACGUCAAGAACAAUGAACAUGUACAGGAGCUGGGUAUGUUUGCGGUGGCAGAGUCAGAAGAAGCAUCUGUAGUGUUCGUAGAAGUGGUGGAGGCUCAGAUGCAGGUGGUGGCCGGAGCAAACUACAGCAUGCUGAUCAAGGCCCUCGACGAGGCGCUCAAUGUCAGGUUCUACAAGGGUCUUGUGUAUGAUAAGCCAUGGGAGGACCUCCACACCCUCAGAUCAUUUGCGUCUGUUCUCCCCUGAUUAAGCCAUGCAUGCCUUCAUUUGGCAGCCAUCUUCUCUGUUGCACCUUUGCGUUUCCGUCUGCCAUUUUCCAUAUUUGUGAUCUGUUCAUCUACGAACCGCGUUUCUAUCUACGACAUACUCUUUGUUCCUUUUGUGAUCAUGUAAUAAGCCGUUUGGCGCCCUUGUUUGUUUGAUAUCCCGUAAGUGAAGUGU